AUGGAUGAAUUAAUUAAUGGAACAUAUCUGAAGCGGAAGAUGAAUUCAACUUUAAGUUUGAGCAUAUUUCAGAUUGACUGUAGUAAUUACAAAAAGUUACCACGUAAAAGAGUUUGUUAUGCUGUAUAUGUACCAAUUCAUGGAUCUGAUGGCAAAACUUGCAGCAAUGAUUGCUACUUUUGUUAUGAAGUUAAGAAAACUAACAGCAAACUUAAAUUUGUACAUUUUGGAGAAUGUUGA